GAAACGUUCCACUUGCAGUGCUGCAUAUCUUAGUAUCUAAGGAUAUGGCCAAGCGUCCUCCUUGUAAAGGUUUGUGUUCCAAAAUACAUGUUCAGGCAUUCAUGUAGGCUAAAGCACCUCGCACUUCAGUUGCUUUCAAUUUAACUACUGGAGAGCUUAGAAGGAACUCUAUGGCGCUCCGCAUUGUUGGCGAAAACCGCGAUGCCGGUAUUGCGCGCAACUCCUCUAUGACAAUGAAAGGAAGCGAUAUCUCUGCAGAUGCAUGCAGCCGUAGCCUUGAGGCCCUCGCAAGGGGCACAGACCUGCCCUUUAUGGCGAGCUGCAGCUUUCACUCCCGCGCUUCUGAACACAACACCGACCGCAGCACUGCGCUUAGCUCAAAGCUGACUGUUCUGGGGCAUAUGGAUAUUCCAAACCUCGCAAGCCCCAGGGCUGCCUUUAGCAGCGCUACGUCUUCGCAUCUUGCCUUGGGCUCCGGCGUGGCAUCCCGUGACUCGUCGGCAGUGGACUUUAUGCCCUAUGUCACGGUUCUGGUCAAUCCUGGCCCGGGCCACUCCUCACGGCUGUGUGCUGCUGGAGUCGGCACUGCGGCCGACAUGGAAAUGACAUUUCCCGAUGUUGACAUUGUCACCGAAAGCGACUAUUUCGAUGACGACAGCGACGCCGAUGGCACGAGCAGCAGCAGCAGCGACGAUAUCCCCAGCAAUGCCAUCCGCCAAAGCCGAAGCCUGGACAUCCCUUUCCACGACUCCAACCACCGGAACAUCAACAUUCCGAGCAUUGCCAACGGCCACCUCAAACUUCAUGGCCACAGCCUCCAAAAUGUUACAUCGAAGCUGCUCGACGGUAUUACCUUCUUAGAUGUCGUGCGAAACAAGAGGACUUGUACGACAACAGUCCAAGGUCGAGGCGGAGAUCAAGGAGACGAAGCAGCAGCAGGAGGAAGGGAAGCAGUAUUGGAGGACGACACGGCCUGCUGUGUGCCUUUGGAUGGCAAUGACGUCGCAGGCCAGGGAGUCAUCCUUCCUCUAAAUCCCACCACGGAUUCACAGGAGACCUCAGCAAACAGCAUAGGCACUGUCAACAACACGAGCGUCUUCAGCGGCAGCGGUAGCAGCAGCGUUUCUCCGGCAGACAGCACGGCUAGCAUGUACGAGUUGCUUCUACAGCGUCUAACUCCGCUGUCACCCAGUCUGCGGGGGCUGCCGCUAGCAGCCUGGGGGGACCUGGACGUAGUCGUGGCGGCGCUGGGAGGAGACCUCCGAGCAGGGGCUGCGGCGCCGACAAUAGGCGGAGUUAUCGCCUGGAAGAGUGUGC